AAUGUUGAGUAAUAGUGAGUAGCAAAAGAACUUUGGUAAAAAAAAAAGGCAAAGUAAAAAGUAAAGCAGGAAGAAGAGGGAAGAGCGAAACAGCAGCGUACCCCUUGCUUCAGGUAUAUAUACCGUUCUGGGGCCCCGAGCCCAUCGGAAGAAGAUGCUUUCCCAUACAUGCAGUGGUGGUAGUGGUAACCAUGACAACCGCGGCUUUACCCCUUUCAACCCUUUUCCCAUGCUUCCUUUCUUUACUUUACUGCUUUUGCUACGCCCUUCCUUUUCCAUUACUCCUUUUCGUUUUCAUGCUGUCACUCCGCUCGACUUAUUCUUUCUUUUUUACGUGUGCUACGUUCUUCCCUUUUCGUUCACUCUUGUCAUUUUCCCACCCAUUCCCUUUUCGUUCACUAUUUGUCAUUCCCCCCAGUUCCCUUUUCGUUUCUACGUUUUUCUUUUCGUAACCAUGGUUCCCUUUUCGUUUCCGCGUUCCCUUUUUGUUCAAUCUUGUCAUUCUCCCACCCAUUCCUUUUCCGUUACUAUGUUCCCUUUUCGUCACCGCGGUUCCCUUUUCGUCCUCUUCCAAAAAGAGUUUGUCAUUGUCAUUUUGCUUUCCCCUGCUUAAACGUGUCCGACAUAGAUUUA